AUGGGAAAGAAAGAGAAAAAAUACGAACUUUGUUUCAACGGUGACUUUGAUGAAGUCACAAGCAUGCUGUCCGACAUGUAUGUAACUGAAUUGCUUCGGACCCCAAACUUUUUAAGAGGCCAACAUUCCCGAACAAUCGAAGGUCCUGUCGAAUUAGGAGGUGCAACAUCGGAAGCUAAAUCGCAGACAUCACCAAACACCAUCAGUCCGGUGAUGGAUUCAACAAUUCUCCAAGAUCCUUAUGAUUGCGGAUGGGACGAUCCGACUGUCGAUGGAGCUGCUGCCGUUCACGAGUUUUCCGCACCCGAUUCAUACGAUUGCAGAUGGGAGGAUGGCACCACAGCGCCGGAAGAAGCUGCGAAGCCUGGAGAUGGAAAUGCAAUAUCCGAAGGUUGGCACAACCUGGCUGCCAGGAAUACGCUAACUUGUGUUGAUGAAAUAGAAUGUAUGCCAAAUUCACAGACAUCACCGCAUCCCAUGGAUCCAGUGCCGGAUUCCAUGACUCUCAUCGAUGAUCCCUAUGAUUGCAGAUGGGAUGGUGCUAUUGCACCCUCAAAUCAGUUAUCGAUGCCUGAUCCUUAUGAUUGUGGAUGGGAGGACCAAACUGCAGCUCCGAAUGAAGUCAUAAUGCCGGGAGAAAACUGGGCUGCAUUGUCAAAUCCGAUGAGAAAUGAAGUUUUGCAGGAACCUAUACCCGCAGAUGAUGUAUACCAGUCCGAAUGGGAUGAUCCGAUGGUGAACAGGGCGGUAUCGCUAAAUGAGUCUGCCGCUGCAGACCCAUACGAUUGCGGAUGGGAGGAUAGUGUAGAUACCGAAGCCUCAGCAAUGAAUGUCUCAUCGGAAGAAAGAUUGAAUCCAAGCCAGGAUGAAGGACUUUGCGAUGAUCCACAACUGCCGAGAUAUUUCAGGAUCCUUCCGAUGAACAUGGGGACUAUAGUGCAAAUCGGCACAUUGUUCCCACCUGAUCGGUCUAGGUCGGAUUCAAUAAAUUCAUUCAAAGUGGAUGACGUUGAUAUGGAAAACACACUUCCGGACAUUCAAAAGGACAGCACCGAGGAUCUUUACGAUUGUGGGUGGGACGAUCCAAUGGAUAACACAACUAUCAAGGAGCAACCGGAAGUGUCUGAGAUGAGAGAGGAAAUUGAUGUCAUUGACCUGACAUCGCCAGAGGGGAGAGAAGUUAUAGACCUUACAUCUUUACCUGCCACCUCAAGGCGGUCCUCUUCACCAGCCGAUCCCAAUGUGUUUGAGGAGGCCGAAGAGUCCAUGCGUCGAGCUAUCCAACGACUAAAUAGCAUAGGACAUAAUGACUCUCCAUCACGCCUGACCUACACCAUUGUCACACCAGCGGUCGCACGUGUGCCUGACCCUCGGCCGGCAAUCACAUUCAUGGCAAAUCGAAGUUUGUUUGGUGCAUACGCAGAUGCCAAAGAUCGGGUGACCGAACUCGGUGCAGAUGUCAUUAAUAUUCACCGUUUGCUCAACAUUCACCGCCGGAUAAUGGACCCACUAGAUGCCAUGAUCACCGGUAUAGAGCAGCGGCAGCCUCGCAUGCAUUGA